AUGAGGCAAUAUGGAGUGGAUUGUCUUAAUCUUUAUGAGCGUCUGAUGGCUUAUUUUAUGUGGGAAUGGUCAAAGAUUCAAGAAGAUGGGGCGGAUUUGGAGAACGCCUAUGGCCCUGGAAUGACCGGCUUAAUCAACAUUGGGUCCAGCUGUUACAUGAAUUCGGUUCUUCAAUCUUUUUUGUUGGUACCCGACUUUUGCAACCGUUUUGGUGGGGCAAACGCUUUGAGGACAAUGCACGCUCUUCCACCAGCUGAUAUGUACAUGGAUUUCAAUGGACAACUUGCCCGCUUGGUUCAUGCAAUGUUGGAGGGCGAGUAUUCCUUGCCAGACAACCCACAUAACGGCAUCAAACCAACCCAAUUCAAACGAAUCGCUGGAGCCGGGCAUCCCGAGUUCAAGACAGCAAGGCAACAAGAUGCCGAGGAAUACGUGAGGUACUUGAUUGAGAAGAUUACCGCGAAAACACCAGCUGGAGUGUCGGAUCCAAUGCUGGCUUUCAAGUUUCACAAAGAAGAACGUUUGCAAGAUUUGAACACGCGAAAAGUUCGAUAUACGCAAAAUGAGGAAACCGUGCUGGCUAUUCCCGUGCUCAAAAGUUCUUUGCACGCCAUUCCUGAUCAAGAGGGACGAUUCAGUGCUUGUUUCAAGGAAUGCUUGGCGAACGUUUUUGAACCUGAACAAAUUGAAGACCGAUAUCUAAAGAGUGUCACUUUCAAGUCGUUCCCUGAUUUCUUGAUCGUUCAACUGCAGAAGUUCACCGUGGAUGAGGCUACUUAUCAACAGAAGAAACUGGAUAUUGAUCUUGCGGUUCCCGAUGUGCUCGAUUUGUCACAGUAUCGUAGUUUGGGAGGGCUUCAGCCAGGAGAGACACCAAUGGAGGAAAAUGAGCCGAUUGUUGUGGCGGCUCCAAAACUAGAUGUUGAUGAAAACAUUGUGGCGCAGUUAGAGGGAAUGGGAUUCUCACGUAACGCGGCUCUGAAGGCAGCUCUUGAUACGAAAACGCAAGGACUAGAAGCGGCUGCUGAAUGGCUUAUGCUUCGUCUUGACGAUCCUUCUAUUAACGAUCCACCGGUUAACCCAGCUGGUCCAGUAAAUGUUAAUCCCGGAAGUUCCGUUGACAAUGAGAGUGUUUCAAUGCUUGAAGGAUUUGGGUUCACAAAGCAUCAAGCUCGCUUCGCCCUUCACAAGUUCAACUUUGACGCGAACAUGGCUGCCGAGUGGCUUUUCAUGCACAUUGAUGAAGUUCCACCUGAGCCUGCCGCCGAGGAAAAGCCAGUUGCUCACCAGGAAACCAGCACCGGUGUAAAUCAGAUGCGCGAUGGUAAUGGAAAGUAUCAUCUUGUUGGCUUCAUUUCUCACAUGGGUUCUUCUCCACACUCGGGUCAUUAUGUUGCUCACUUGUUGCGCGGUAAUCGCUGGGUUUUGUACAACGACGAAAAGGUUGCGUACUCGCAAAAUCCACCCAAGCAACUCGCCUAUCUCUACCUUUAUCGACGUCAA